CUUAAAAAUUGGUGCGUAGAAAAAGAAGAAAUAGAGAGUGAAAUACGUGUUACUCAAGAUGAAUACAAUAAACUGCUUACUAAUUAUUCACAAGCUCAACCGUAUAUGGUAGCAGUAAAUGAUAUCAAUAUUUUGCAAGAAUUGCAACAUAAACUUGUGUCAAUAUUGCAAAUGAUAAAGGAUAAGGAAGAAGUGAUAAUUAAAUCAUCCAAAUAUCAUCCUGUUCUCAAUAUGAUCAGUUCAAUGAAGCAAAAUACUGAAAAAUUUGCUGAUGAUAUUGAGAAAUUAUUAUUAGCAUUGACUGAAGAUGUUUCAAUACAAAAGGAACUUAUUAAUACGCAAAAUGAUCUAAUUAAUGAUAUAUACGAUCUAAAUGUACAAGCUGAAAAUAUUGGUAAUAUAUUAGAUAGCGAAGAACAAAAAGAAGAAAUUAAUAGAAUAAGAACUGGAUUAGAAAAAGUAAGCGAAAAAUUGAAUGAAUUAAAGAAAAAUGAAGAGAAACCGAUUAAAUUAGUAUUACAUUCGGAUGAACUCAAAGUAGUAACUAUAUUUGCUGACUAUGAAAAAGUUAACAAACUUGUGAGUGAUGCCGAGAAAAGACAUAUACAAAAUCAAAAUAUGCAAAUGGAAAUGAAGAAUUUACGAGAAGAAUUAUGUACUGCGCUUGAUGAUGCUUACAAAGUUGAAAAUGAUGCAAAUGCAAGCGCGAUUAAUUUGCAAGAAGCAGUAAUAAGAUUAAAAAAUGCUCGACAAUAUUUGGAAAGAUUGCAAGAUAUUUAUGAUCAAUUGCCAAAAACAUCAGACGCAGAUUUGAUACGUACUGAAACAAUGAAGGAAUUGUCAUUAUUGAAUGAAAGAUACGACAAUUUAGAAAGAAGUUUGGAAGAACGUGUUGAUGCAUUGAAAAAAUUCGAAGAAAUAGCACAUAAUAUAAGUGAGGAAUUAAGAAAAGUUGAAAGUGAUGCACGUGAACUAGAAGCACCAAAUGCUGACUGUAAUUUAACAGUUGCUGAUGAAGGAUUCAACAGGAUUACCAAAUUACAGAAUGCAAUUGAAAAGUUAUAUGAAUUAAAAGAAGAACAAUUGUCAUCUAUAUCAAUAGCAGAUAUAUGCAAUAUAGAUGAAUUAAGUGCUCGUUUAUCAUAUCUCAGCAAUAUAUUUCAUGAAUGGCGUGAUGAUGUAAUGAAGAAGAAGCAGGAAUUUGAAAGUGAAAAUAAUCUUUCCGGUUUGAUCAAUGAUUUGCAACAGACACUUGCUGAUGCAGAAAAUGGUUUGAACAAAAUUGAUGUAACAGCAAGCAAUGAAUUGAACAAUUUUAAGGAUAUUGUACUUCCAACAAUACUAGAAAAAUCAAGUCAUAUUAAAGAGCUGAUGUUAUCAGUGAAAACAGAUAAAGAAAAAGAACUUUAUCAACAAUUCAAUAUAUUGUAUGAUCAACAUAAUGAUUUGGCAAAACGUGUAGAUGAAAAAUUAAAUAGUGCCAAAGAGCAAGACAAAAUGCAUAGUGAUAUUGAAAAAUUAUUUGAUCACGUUGAAGAGGAAAGUAAUAAUUUGCUCAAUAAAUACAAUAAUCCUCAAGAGCUAGUAGUAGCUGUUGAAGAUGUAAAUUAUUUACAUUCUCUUCUGGAUGAAAUCUCAUCAUCAUCAGUUGAUAAUAUUAUCAAUCGACAAGUUAAGAAGCAUUUAGCAAAAAGAGAGGAUUUCAUUAAAAACCAUAUCAGAAAUUUGCUUAUUCCUCUUGAAAAAGACUGUCAAAAAGAGCAAGAAUUGAUGCACAAUUUGCGUGAAACGCUCAAUGCAUUAAAUUCAAUGGGCGAUGAAGUUAUUGGUAUUGAAGUAAAUAAUAUCGAUACAAUACAACAAUCGGAUAAAAUCGAUGAAUUAAUAAAAAAUUUGCAACAACUUAAAGGACAAAUUAAGAAGUUGGAAGAAAAAUUACAAACUUCAGAAGGUUUAGUCAAACGUGAUACAAUGAAUGAGAAUCUUUCUGAUCGUGUUACAUUACUUCAAAAAUUGCUUGAUGAUAAAAAACAAAAAUUAAUGAAUCAAGCUGAAGUAAAUGCAAUACUUCCCAAAAUAUAUGCCAUUACAGAAUGUGUACAGAAUUACAUCAAUCAAUUUGAAGAAUCACCAAUGCAAACAGUUGAUGAACAAAAUGCUGCAUUGAGUGAGCUAGAAUCGAAAAAGAUUCAACUUGAACAUUUACUUAAUAAUAUUCCAUCUGAUGAACAAGGUGAUGAAUUACGCGAAAAAAGUAAUUGGGUAGUAGAAGAACUUAACAAUCUAUUAAAACGUUUAGCGGAUGCAGUUGGAAAAAAACUUGCCGCAUUAGCAGCAUUUAAUGCAACCAAGGAUGAACUUGAUUUGCAGCUUUCAUCAAUAGAAUCUGCUAUUACCGCAAGUGAUACUGUUGAUCAGACUGUUUCUGCGCUUGAAAAUCAUUUGCAUGAUAUUAAAGAUAAAUUUACCAGUUUGGAGAAGCUGAAAAAUAAAGUAUGUGAUGUGGAUGAAAAAGAUCUUGAUAUUGAACAAAUAACAGAAAAGCAAAAUCUUCUUAAUACAAUUGAAAAUACUUUGCAACGUUUAAAGGUUAGAAUAAUGGUUUGA